AUGUCGCACGAAACCAAGCCGCUCUGGCUCGUGCAGCCGCGCCUCGACGCCGGCGAGUACCGCGACAAGCUCAUAGGCAGCGUCGUCAAGUACCCCAACCUGCCGACCGAGCGGCGCAUUCCCUACAAGACGGAGACGCUGCCGCGGGAGAUGGUCAUGGACCUGGACCCCAAGCCCGUGCGGAUGCGCAACGUGGCCUUUUGGCAGAACCGCAUCAAGGACGCCCGCGUGUCGGCCUCGUUCAACGACAUUAUGCAGUUCUUCGCGCAGCGCGCGCGGGCCAGCAAGGCCUCCAACGCCGCCACGGUCGCGCGCAUGUGGCACAUGGACUCGCCGGGCGAAAAGUUCAAGGCGCUGCUGCAGAACAAGCAGUACUACGACGAGCUGUUUGAGCUGCUGCGCAGCAACCACGACCAGGGCUACUUCAUCACCGACAUCGUCACCGUGGCGAACCUGGAGACGACGGAGAGCCAGGAGAGGAGCGGCGGCGGCGGCGCGGGUAUCAAGGUGCCCCUGGACCCGAGCCUCGGGGUGGACGUGGGCGCCGAGGCGAGCUUCCACGUCGCGCGCGAAAAGGGCAGCUCGGUCACAUACGACGAGGAGAUGAUUGUGUUUCUGGGCUACCGGCUGAUUCGGCUCGAGAAACUGACGGGCAAGCGCGCCAAGCUGCGCACCAUGCUCAUGGGCCCCAAGUACGGCUUCUCGGUGCACGACGGGUCCGACUACUGGCCCGAGAUCAAGGACGGGCCCGUGCCGGGACAGGUCGAGCCGUUCCUAGGGUCGCUUCCGGCGUCGGUCGUCGUCGCGCCGGCCGAGUCGGAACACGCGAAUGGUGACGGCCCAGCGUCUCGACGAUCGAACGCAUCGCUGCUGGACGAGGCGAUUGUGCGGGAGCUCGAGUUUGAUGUCGAGGUCGUUGGGUAG